AUGUCGAGAGACUCAGUUGAGCUUACAGACGUAUGUGCUAAGAUAAAUGGGCAUUGUGCAGUUGGUGGUCAGUUGUUUGUAGAAGAGGAGUUCCUCUCAGCAGUAGAUAUAGACAAUGUUACCUACCCAGAAUUCAACACAUCCACCAGAGGAAUGGUGUAUUAUGCACCUAGAUUAGGAGGAAAGAUAGAACUCGAUGCCAGUGGGAAAUACUUAAAACGUAUGGAGUUCAUACGGCUAGAGAUAAUGAUACCGUUUUGGGGCAGAGACGAAUGGAUUGAGAAAUUCAAAAUUGAAAUGGACAUGUAUACAAAUCAGUAUAUAGAUAUAGCAUACGGGUACUACGACUCUGUGAGCGAAGAAUUGGAAAACAAUUUGACCGGUGAUAUUUCAUUAUUUGCUGGAACAAUGGGUUUGAUGAUAGUGUAUGCUGUCAUAGCAACGCUUUCCUCCAGGCUUACCGAUCAGGUUGGACAGAGGAUUUGGCUCGGGUUUGCUGGAAUCCUGGCAGCUGGCUUGGCCAUUGUUGGAAGUAUCGGCCUGUGUUCCGCAGCUGGAAUAAGCUUUGUUACAAUUGUCGGAGUGGUUCCAUUUCUUAUUAUUGGAAUCGGCAUUGAUGAUAUGUUUAUACUAUUGUCCGGUCUGUCAGAAGCACAAACAAAAACUACCGUAGAAGACAAAAUGGCGGAGACUUUACGUAUCUCCGGAGUUGGAGUCACGAUUACAUCCCUUACUGAUCUCAUUGCAUUCAUGUCUGGAGCCGGAUCAAGCUUUGUCGCUGUUAAAAAUUUCUGCAUUUAUACAGGUGUUGCGGUGCUGUUCUGUUAUCUGAACAACAUAACCUUCUUUGCGGCAUGUGUUGCAAUCAAUGAACGUCGUGUUGCUGGCAAUCGACACUUUAUGACUUGCAGAAAAAUAAAGGACAAAGACGAGUUACGUGAAGAAAGAAAACCGAAUCGUGUCGUGUUUUGCUGCGGUGGACGUGCACCUGUAAACAGAGAAGAAGCUGAAAGUUUUGUUGACAAACUUCCGCGUUGGUUGAUUCCAAAAAUUGUCUUAUCGUGGCCUUGCAAAAUGAUAAUUAUCAUUAUCUUUAUGCAAUACAUGGCCGCGGCUAUAUAUGGGUGUGUCCACUUAAAACAAGGGAUGCCUUUUACCCAGUUAGUGAGCGACGAUUCGUAUUUCUACAAAUACUCUGACUGGGAUGAGACACACUUUGCUCGACAAACGAUUGUCACAUUCGUCAUUCCAAGCACUUACGAUUAUUCCGAUGCCGAUACUCAGUUAAUGAUCGACAAACUGAUAGCAAGUGUCCAUUCAAACAAGUAUUUCGACAAAAGUUUUGAAGUCAGCUGGCUGAAAUCUUACAAGCAUUCUCAAUACUAUGAUAAUACAUCAAGUUCUGCCUUUAAUUCUGGUCUGCAAGACUUUAUCAGCGACCCGCAAUAUGCCGUAUUUUCAAAUGACGUGGUCAUUGAUUAUAACAAUGCGAGCAUUUCAGCAUCUCGUGUGUACGUUCGUUCAAGCAAUUUAGAAAAUAGCCAAGAAGAAGGCAAAAUGAUGUUAGAGUCACGUGAUAUUGCAAAUGCAGCUUCAAUUGACUGUUUUGCUUAUUCACCUGCGUUUAUUGUUUCCGAACUGUAUGUACGCAUUUUGGGAUUAACACUGCAGUCUGUUGGCAUUGCUCUAGCGGCAGUUUUUGUUAUCACCUGUAUUUUCAUGCCACACCCAGUAUUGAUAGUAUUUGUCACUCUGGCUGUAGCAUCAAUUAUGACAGGAGUUGUAGGUUUUUUGUUGUAUUUGAAUGUGUCAUUAAGUGCAAUAUCUAUGCUUAUGUUGAUAAUGAGCAUCGGGUUUUCUGUAGACUUUACUGCCCAUAUAUGCCAUGGUUACAUGAUUUCUGAUGGGGAAACACGUGCUCUUCGGGUGGGACAAGCUAUAGACAAAACAGGUGCACCAGUUUUUCACGGGGCAGUUUCGUCUCUUUUCGGUAUAUUGGUUCUUAUCGGAGCAAAGUCGUACAUUUUUAGAUCAUUUGCUGCAGUUAUGUCUUUCGUUUUGCUUUUUGGCAUUACGCAUGCGUUGUUUCUACUUCCGGUGAUAUUGUCAUGGUUUGGUCCAGGAAAAAUGAAUAAAGUGGACCGGAACUCGAAAUUGAGAAGUAUGACCAAUAUUGCUUACACUGUUGAUAAUAAUGAAGAAAAGACUUAGUACUCGUACAUUACAAAAGAAUGAACAUGGACUAAUAGUUUUGACCCUUUUGUUAGACUUUGUGAUUACGAGAAAAUAAACAUUCUGUAAAGCAGUCACUUAACAAAUAUUGAAGACUAUAUGAUAUAAGCAUAUAUGCACUUUGCAUCACUUUUGACCACCGUAAUCACAAAGUUCUAGAUUUUCAAUUAAACCAAAAUAAAAAAAUAAAAAAAUAAUAUCCAGACAGCUUGGGUAAACUCCUUUCGUUGACAGAAGAAGUAAGACGCAAAAUAAUAAUCACUGAAACGGCGAAUAUUAUCAUUGGGAAACAUUUCAAAGGCAGAUUUACUUUUCCAUAUGCUGAAAGCUUAACACUUAAGCUGGCAUCUGAAUCUGAUCAUGAAGGGUAAUGACCUGUAUAUCAUCACUCGCAUCAUGUCGCAUCGGUUUAAGUAGAACUUUAUCAAACAGAUGUAUUAAAUGAACUCUGUGAUACCAAGGGACCAGAAAUUGCACCUGCAGGGGAAAGACUAGAACUCGAAUAUUUGUGUCAUGUUAACAUAUUACUAGUCAACUGUGGCAUUUAUGUGCUUAACGAUUUCUUACCAUGACAAAUGUGUGACUGAGGAAAAACCGAAGAUGUGUAAACUUCAGCAAUUCAGUUCUGUCACUACGCAGUGUGUAGAUUUGAUUUGAUGAGAUUUAUGAAAAAAGUACAAUGUGCCUUAUGUGUACCGCCACGUAUGUAAGCCGAUAGGUGUAACUGGGAUAAAGAGUGUGAUACAGAUACUUCGCAGUUUUGGUAAGGGACACAACAAUGAAGGAGCAUUGGCAACAUUUGUUUUUCUAUUAGAUGUGGUGAAAAUGACUUACACACUGUUUGCUAGUUUAUGAUACAUGUACGUCCAGAAAGAAUAUUUUUCAGACAGGAGCAAUAUACUAGUACUUUAGCAAUAGAUUUUCUCGCUAUUAAUCAUUCAGAAAUUAUAGUUAUCAAAUUUUACACUAUUUAUUCUUACCUAAAAUAAAAAUGUCGGUACUAAGCUGUAUGUAAAACAUAUCUAAAACUACUGGUAUUGUUAUCAAGAAAGCAUCAAGCAAUAGCGCACGUAUCUCCAAGGCAACUUUAAUUUAUUUUGUUAUGUUUUUGUUUCCAUACUGGACAUGCUGAUACAAAAGGUUAAUUUUAUACA